AUGGCUGAUCGUCACAUGCAUUACGGCCAUGUGGUUCCAAACGUAAAUUUGUUCCUUUUGAAACGAGACGAUAUAAUUGAUCGUUUGGUUCAGAAUAACGCCAAUCCAUCCCUGUUAGGAGUCGACGAUAAUCAAACAUUGAUACUGGGAAAUGUAGAAGGAAGGGCUCUGAUUAAAGCAAUUGUGACUGUUGUCCUUUUUUUUUCUCUCAAUUACCAAAUCAUAGUUCGCAUCAGUUUUGAAGGACAGCUGAGGAACAGACCAAGAGGGCUCGGGUUGCUACGGUUACCAACUGGUAUGACUGACGAAAGAUCCGGUCCAUUUUUUCCAAACUUAUACAUUGCUGGCAACAAAGCAGGCCAGAAACCACAAACCGUUCCUGACAUACAUUUACCCGGUCAAGAAGCUCAAUUUACAGGAAAAAGUGCAUUUAAUCCGUUCACUCAUGCCGUGUCAGCAGUUUACACUGAAGAUUUGGUAGACGGAUGGGGUACCGGCUUUGCAGUGCACGGAGUAAAUAUGCAUGCUUUAAAUGUUCGAGAUAAUUACCAUCGACUUAGCGAUGUUGUUCUUGGAAGAAACGAUGCCUCGCAUCAACCAUUUAUUCUUGGUUUUACAGUAGGCGCUGAGUAUGAUUUAUCAAAGAUUAGAGAAGUAUCAGGACAUUUGGACUUGCCGGUACCCGGGGUCAACGAGAUGUUUGACCUGGAUGGUAGUGUCAUGUUGAAAGGUUUUGGAAACGGGGUCUUCAAUGGGCACCUCGAUUUCCCCUUAACUCUGUCAGACCCUGGGGAAAGGUUCCCGUUUAGUCUCAAAUAUCUCAACUUUAUGGCUGAUCGACACAUGCAUUACGGACAUGUCAUUCCAAAUCUGAAUCUCUUCCUUUUGAGAAGAAGUGAUAUUAUGGAUCGUUUAGUCCAAAAUAAGGCGAAUCCAACUAGUCUUGGAUAA